GGCCAGGCUGGAUUGGCUGGAGCUGGGCAGAGAGCGUGGGGAGCACGUAAGUGGGGCCAGAGGAACAUCGAGUGCUGCAGCAAGGAGUAGAGAUUGGCCGAGUCAGUGAACGUGGGGGUAGGAUUCCACCAUCCAGUGUGGGAGUGGUAACUGGAAACUGAGCCUUCCUGUCCUGGACACAGGAACAUGGCGCUGCUCCGAGGGCUCCUGGUGCUCGGCUUGUCCUGCCUGCAAGGCCCCUGCUUGGUGCAGUUCUCUCCUGUGAGCGCUAUGGAGCCCUUGGGCCAGCAGCCAAUUAUGGAGCAGGGCCAGGAGAAGUUGCCAUUGCCCUCAUUUGCCUUCCUCAAGUCAAACAACCAGAAACCUGAUGACCAGAUUGCCCCGAAGAAGUCCUCAGCAGACUGCAAGGGUGCCCCAACUCCAGAGGAGACACGCCAGCUGGCCCAGGCCAUGAUGGCUUUCACCGUUGACCUAUUCUCCAUGGUGGCCCAAACAUCCACCAGCCCCAACCUCAUCCUUUCACCCCUGAGUGUGGCCCUGGCAUUGUCUCACUUGGCCCUAGGUGCUCAGAACCAAACACUACGGAGCUUGCAACAGGUGCUACAUGUAGACUCAGAGCCCUGCCUUCCCCAUCUACUGAGCCACCUGUGCCAGAACCUGAGCCCUGGAACAUUCCGAAUGGCUGCCAGAAUGUACCUACAGAAGGGAUUUCCCAUCAAAGAGAAUUUCCUGGAACAAUCAAAACAACUGUUUGGUGCAAAGCCCAUGAAACUGACGGAAAGACAGGAAGAAGACCUGGCGAACAUCAACCAAUGGGUGAAAGAGGCCACAGAAGGGAAGAUUGAGGAUUUCCUCUCUGAGCUUCCUGAAAACACGGUGUUGCUUCUCCUCAAUGCCAUCCAUUUUCAGGGUUUCUGGAAGAGCAAAUUUGAUCCAAGCUUUACUGAGAGAGACUCCUUCCACCUGGAUGAGAAGUUCACAGUGCCAGUAGACAUGAUGCAAGCACACUCGUACCCUCUACGCUGGUUCCUGCUAGAACAGCCUGAGAUACAGGUGGCUCAUUUCCCCUUUAAGAACAACAUGAGCUUUGUGGUCAUGGUGCCCACUCAUUUUGAGUGGAAUGUGUCCCAGGUACUGGCCAACCUGAGCUGGGACACCCUGAACCAGCCCUCACUACGAGAGAAGCCCACUAAAGUGCGGCUGCCGAAGCUGCACCUCAAACACCAGCUAGAUCUGGUGGCUACCCUCGGCCAGCUGGGCCUGCAUGAGCUGUUCCAGGCCCCAGACCUACGUGGGAUCUCUGAUGAGAGGCUGGUGGUAUCCAGUGUCCAGCACCAGUCCACCCUGGAGCUCAGCGAGGCUGGCGUGGAGGCAGCUGCAGCCACCAGCACUGCUAUGUCCCGCAUGUCACUCUCUUCCUUCAGUGUGAACCGCCCCUUCCUCUUCUUCAUCAUGGAGGAUACCACAGGCCUGCCCCUCUUUGUGGGCAGCGUGAGGAACCCCAACCCUAGUGCACAGCCCCAGCUCCAGGAGCAGCAAGAUUCCCCUGAUGACAGAAACUUAAUCCAGAACCAGAAAGCCUUCCUCCAUGGAGACAAGUUCUUUGACCCUGAUUUGAAACUUGUGCCGCCCUCGGAGGAGGAUUACCCCCAGUUUAGCCACCCCAAGUGAGGAACACCAGUACCAGCAUCCUAAGUCCCCACCUGGACCAGCAUCUCAACUCACGUGACUCUUUCCAACCAGCUUUGUGGGGGCAGGGUGGGGCCCAGGGGCAGUCUGUGAGAGGAGAGGCGCUAUUCUCUUCCAGUUCCUUCUGGGGGCUUGGAGGCUGGGAGGAGGCCAGGUAUGGGAAUCAUGGGCCAGAUUCCUUUUCAUUUCUCCCCAAGGGGCUCAGAAGGUGUCCUAUUUGGGGUGGGGUGGUAGAGCAUCUAUGGAUUCUGCUCCAGCAAGAAGUAGGCUAGAUUCGUACCCAAGUCAGCAGAUGAGACACCUCUACAUUUAUAAGCACAAGAGGAGCAGGCUGCCUUGGGACAUGUCUGAGAACACCCUGGCUAAAGACGGGAAAGAAACCUUAGGGGUGACUCGGGAGGCAGUGUUGCCAUAGGAUUGGAUACCAAGGACCAGCUUCUGCCCUUCAUGGAGCCCCAUGUUCUCUCAUAGCCUGACAUGGAUGCAGCUUGCUUAAGGCCUCCCCAGAUGCCAACACUGCCAGGAUCCCCUGCCUUCCUCUCUUGUGUUCCUCUUCUGCCAGUAGCUCAGGGGCUGAGGGAGGAAAGGCGCCCUGUUAGCUCCUUACAGCUCUUUUGUAAAGUUUUUGUAGUGAUUUUUAUGCCACCUGAAUAAAGAAUGAAUAGGC